UUAUCACGAGCGAUAGAAACGGUUUUAAAUUAUGCUCAAAGUGCUAGCUAGCUUUGUUUAAACAACCGAUUGUUUGUGUUUAUCUUAUUACCUCUGUUUACUGUGAGUAAACAAACUUACUCUGUGUUAUAAUCAAAUGCAAAUAAAAGGAGCUAGGUGGCUAACAGCUAGCGCAGUGUGUUUUAAAGUUGAGCGGAUGUGACGUAAUGAUGUGUUGUUUUCGCCCAGUGAUGGGCGGGGCCUUUGAGCAGGGAGAAAUGUAAACAACCUUCACGUUCACGUUAAUCUGAAGCUCCGGUGUUUCCGGUGAGAAGCGGCUCAUCAACCGACCGUCAGUUCACGUCUCUGCGGCUUCACACACAACUUGUCUGGGUUAGCUCGCUGUGCUAGCUGCUAGCUCCGGGACUGAGUGUCAGAGCUGAAAGCAGCUUAACGGAGGCUUCAGCCGCAGGUUCCGGGUUUGUGUUCGGGAAGCACCGGGUCAAGCACCGGGUGGGGGACCGAGAAGCGUCACCGGGAAGUUCAGCAGGUGUUUGAGUCCGGUCCUCAUCAAUCUGAUGAACUCUGACCCGCAUUCACUCACAGGAGGAAAGUGAGACCAUCUGAGUGAUGAAGCUAUCGUUGUGUCUCCUCAGCUCCGACUGGAAGUCUGUUCACUGUUAAGACGCCAAACUGAAAUAAUCCUGCAUCGUGGAACAGGAAGAUUCUCUUCAUUCAUCACCAGCCUUGGGCUGGAAAGGGGUGCGCUUGUUUUGUGACCUUCGGUGCGUGGCAGCCUCCUCCUCCAUCUUGGAGCAGUGUGUUUUGAAGUUUGAGGACGUGUGGACUCUGCAGCGGUUUCUCUGAGCCUCAGUCUUUGGACUUCUUUCUACUUUGACUGUUUGUUAGUGCUGUGCUCUGUGAAGCCUUGGUUUUACAGUGUUGAUCGAUCCAGAAGCUGAUGAUGGCAGAUUCCAGUUCACAGCAGGCAGCAGCCGACCUUCUGAUUGAACCGAUUCUUACCACAGAAACCACCUCCAAGGAACUGAUCAAAGCCACGGCGAUGGAGAGGCGGGGCCAGAUGAUGGAGUCAGAUUUCGUAGCUGAGGUCGGCAGCAAUCAUGUGGAUGCAGACAGUCCUCUACCCGGCAAAGUCCUAAAGGAGGAGGAGGCCACGCCCCCGACGCUGUCAACUGAAAACAGGAGGAUGACUCCUCUCAGACACAUGGAGAAUGAGGGGGGGCGGGACAGAGGAGGACACACAGGUCUGGACCUGGGGGACAGCUCGUCUGUAGUGACAGCGGGCAGUUCUGAGGACCAGCAAGAGUCCACAGACUCUGCAUCCUUCUCCAUCCCCAGUCUUGAGCUGUCGGAUGGGGCCACAGCCACAGGAAACUCCCAGGACGUGGAGGACAGCUUGUCCUCGUCCUUCUCUGCUGUGGGUGCGCAGGGCUGCGCUCUGUCCGCCGGGGUCGGCGGUCUGAAAGAUGGCGAGGCCCUGGAGGCUGCAGGGGGCGCUGUCCCUGCAGCAGCUGCAGCUCCUCCUGCCGUCGCCUGCUCCUCCUCCUCCUCUUCCUCGGCGGCGGCAGCGGCAGCUUCUUCUGUACCGGCGUAUUACCUGGUGAAGUGGAUCACCUGGAAGGAGAAGAAGACGCCCAUCAUCACUCAGAGUGAGAAUGGACCCUGCCCCCUGCUGGCCAUCAUGAACACUCUGUUUCUACGCUGGAAGGCUAAGCUUCCUGCUCAGACGGAGGUGGUCACCACCGAGGACCUGAUGGCUCACCUGGGAGAGUGUGUGUUGUCUGUCACACCCAGAGAAAAAACUGAUGGGAUGGAGCUUAACUUCCAACAGAACAUGAGUGACGCAAUGGCCGUCCUCCCUAAGCUCUCCACAGGUCUGGAUGUGAACGUGCGUUUCACUGGAGCGACCGACUUUGAAUACACACCUGAGUGCAUCGUGUUCGACCUGCUGGACAUCCCGUUGUACCACGGCUGGCUGGUCGACCCACAGAGUCCAGAGAUGGUGUCAGCUGUGGGGAAACUGAGUUACAACCAGCUGGUGGAGAAAAUCAUCGACUAUAAACACUCAGCAGACAGCAGCCGAGUCAGUGAAGGUCUGGUAGCAGAGCAGUUUUUGGAGUCGACUGCGACACAGUUGUCGUAUCACGGUCUGUGUGAACUCAACACAACGGCCAAAGAGGGAGAGAUCUCCGUGUUCUUCAGAAACAACCACUUCAGUACCAUGAUUAAACACAAGGGUCACCUGUACCUGCUGGUCACGGAUCAGGGCUUCCUGCAGGAGGAGCCUCUGGUGUGGGAGUCGCUUCAUAACGUUGAAGGCGACGGGAACUUCUGUGACUCUGACUUCAGACUGUGUCAUCAGAGAGCUCCGCCCACUGCCGCCCCCCCCGCACAGGAACAACGGAGACAGAUCGACCAGGACUACCUGGUGGCCGUGUCCCUGCAGCAGCAGGGCGGGGCCCCGGGGCCCCUCAGUGACCUGGAGUUGGCCCGACAGCUUCAACAGGAAGAAUAUCAGCAGCAGCAGCAACUCCAACAGCCAGGGGCAGUGCAGACACAACAGGUCAGAGGUCAAGGGUCACAGCAAACGAGGAGGAGAGAGAAGGAGUCCGACUGUGUUCUCCUGUAGACACACACACACACAGACACACACAGACACACACAGCUCGAUGCCAAACCCCAGUGCUUUGUCCGACAGGAAACAGUUUGUGAUUCCAGGUUUUGAAGUUUGUAAAUUUGUGUGAAAUGAAAACUGAGUCUGGUCAAAGGUGUAAAAACUAAAUAAAAUUUAAUUCAUGUCUUUAUUUUCAAUAAAGUUAUUUAAUUGAUGA